AUGUGCGUCACCUGGCUACAUGUCCACCACUGCGGCCAUAGCGAAAAGCACGAACACAAUUGUUAUCCCUCCCUCCUCCAACGAGAAUGCUACGAAGAAUACGUGUGCAAGAACUUGCAUACCGGUAUUUCUUGCUGGAUGUGUGCUAGGAGAUUGCGUCGCCAAGUCCUCAGGCUCAAGGAUCCAAGUGAGCAGGAGGAAGUCAGAGUCAGUCUUGACAGCAAUAUGGAAGAACAUGCGAGGCUUGAAGCGGUUGUGAAAAAAUGGCGAGAGGCAGCGGCAGGAACUCUAUCCAACAGCGACCAGCCAUCUGAGACUAGAGAAGAUGGCAAUCAGAGGUGGACAUAUUCGAAUCGAGCCUUUACAUCAAGCCCGGAAUGGAAAGAUGCUGUUGCUAAGGUGGUCGCAGACGAAAUUGGUUCGGACGAGGACGAAGAGUUUGAGAACGAAGAGUCUGAUGAUGACGAAUUUGCUGUUAAGAAACCUGACACGCCCUUGAAGCAGCUCGAGAACAGCACUGCGAUCAUCAAAAAGAUGCCAGGUGUAAUGAAAUCGAUUGAGGACAAUACUGCGACCAUUAAAGACAUGCAAGAUGUGAAGAAAUUGGUUGCGGACAAUACUACGGCCAUCAAAGAGCUGUCAGGUGCGGUGAAAGGUUGGUUGGAAGAAGAAGCAAGGGAGGAGGCGCAAACUGCACAUGUGAUGAAAAAGCCAAGACUCUCCUGA